AUGGAAGUUUGCGGGGACCUGAAUUCUGAUAAUUUAAAGAACCGUCCCUUGACUCCGCUUAGGAUUCUGAGGGGUGUGAUGAUCUUACUGGUGUUUCUGUCUACUGCUUUUAUGUUCCUGGUGUACUUUGCACCGAUAUUUGCUCUUGGUCUACGGUUUCUGAGUGUGCAUCAAUCUAGGAAAGUUAUAUCGUUCAUCUUUGGUCACUGGUUAGCUUUGUGGCCUUACCUGUUUGAAACGGUUAACGGGACAACUGUGGUGUUCUCUGGAGACAGAGUUCCGGUAGAGAAACGUGUUUUGCUAAUUGCGAAUCACAGGACAGAGGUGGAUUGGAUGUAUGUGUGGAAUAUUGCCUUGAGAAAAGGGUGUCUUGGCUACAUCAAAUAUGUACUCAAGAGCAGCUUGAUGAGAUUACCUAUAUUUGGCUGGGGAUUUCAUAUUCUCGAGUUUAUCCCAGUGGAGAGGAAGCGUGAGGUCGACGAACCUGUUAUGCUUCAAAUGCUUUUGACUUUUAAGGAUCCUCAAGAACCCUUAUGGCUCGCUCUAUUCCCAGAAGGAACCGAUUUCACUGAAGAGAAAUGCAAGAAAAGCCAACAGUUUGCAGCUGAAGUUGGUCUUCCGGCACUAUCAAACGUACUUUUACCAAAAACAAGGGGUUUUAGCGUUUGCUUAGAAGCUCUACAUAACUCUUUGGAUGCAGUUUAUGAUUUGACUAUCGCAUAUAAGCCUCGCUGCCCAUCUUUCAUGGACAAUGUAUUCGGGACUGAUCCUUCAGAAGUUCAUAUCCACGUUCGACGAGUUCCACUAAGUGAGAUUCCUGCGAACGAGGAAGAUUCUUCUGCCUGGUUAAUGGAUUCAUUUCAGCUGAAGGACAAACUGCUAUCCGAUUUCAGUGCUCAGGGACAGUUCCCAAAUCAAAGACCAGAAAAAGAAGAACUCUCUAUUCUGAAGUGCAUCGCAACUUUUUCGGUGUUCCGUCCCUCACCAUCAUCUAUUGGUCGUUGUAUAGGAGAUUCUAGUAAAGAAAGCAAAACCCAUUAA